GAUCCCACCUGAUUAAGUUGCAGAGCGGACGAUAUUUCUGCUAGAGGUACCUGCCGAGACCAGGGUUGUAUGAGAGGAAGACUAACUGUUACACUUUGCGAAAAUCGACGUUGUGUUGAGGUGCGGCGUGUGUUGCAUCCGCAGCCAGUAAGACAGCCACAACCAUACUGCAAGAGCGCAAGACAACCACCCACAUGGAGAGAAAGCAUGGGACUCGCAUUACAUCCUAGUCUUGUCAUCAUCAAUUGCAGGAUAAUCAUCGUAUAAGAACGUUGGAACUCUCGGCCACCACCACCACCCCAGACAGCCUGAUAGAAACGCUACUGAUGCGUGUCUGAAGAUCGUUGCUUGAUGUGCACCAUGGCCAAGCAAGCAUGAUGAUGUAGGAAACGAAUCCCAUCACGGCUGAAAACCCAUUCAGAGUAGGAUUGCAUGCAACUCUCUGGAUGAAUGGGGCACUCGGAACGCGCGGGGGUGUCUUAUUGAUGUUUGUAAAGACGGGGUUCACCCUCGUAUUUCACUGGCCUCAAGGUGAACCUUCUUUUCUACUCGACCUGAGCUUUGGUAGCAAAAGAGAUUGCGUUGCAUGCGGCGCAGUCGCAUCUCUUGCAAUGCGACGAGACACCCUAAGGUGGCUUCUAGAAGGCAGUAGGGUAUCGGUUUACCCUAGGGUGGGUUCACGACUGACUCGGCAGGAAGCUGAAGAAUCCGAGUUUCUGCGGAAGGUCAAGAGAACCUGGAUAAAAUUUAUUCCCUUGACAGAAGCCCAGACCCCAUCGUAUUGACAAUGAGUCCAGCUGGGCAAGGUUACCGCCGUCGCCGGUCCUGGGUCUGUGAUUGGCUACCGAAACGCUGGAGAAGGUCUAAAGCGCCAGCAGGGGGAAAGAGAGACAUUGGCUUGGCCGAGGCUGAUGAAUUGUGGUAGACAAUAUUAUAUUAACGGUCAACCUGAACCAUGCGUAUGAACUACGCGAUGGCCCGUUCGGUAUUGGAAAUAGGUAAUCAAACGUGGUUCGACUGGUUCGAAUGAAUGUUAGAACCUAGCCGGGUUGAGAGAGGGUAUUCGGAGACAGACACAGCCAACCGUCGCUUGUAAUGCAAUGUGACGCUUGGCAGGCAAUAAUGCGCGGCGAUAUCAUAAUUGCGAAUCCCUGUCAUGAUAGUACAGAACGGAUGCAUCAUGCAUCAUGCAAUACAUUGACGAAUCGAGUCACGUCCUUGGUUGAGUUUUUCGAUAAAGCAAGAUCUAAGC